UAUCAUAGGGCUGCAGGAAAAUUUUGAUACACUUAAAGCGGUGAUGCCAAAAUCAUUUCUGAUUAAAACGAAAUCAGAAGGACAAGACAUAGCAAUGGAAAAAUAUAGUGCUUUUCAACUUGUGAAACCGUCUACAUAUGAUGCAAUUCUGCCAGUUCCAAGUUGUGUUUUGGGUAUGGUAGGAAAGAAUGUAAUUCAUUCGGCGUUUUAUAAAAGAUACCCAUUUCCGUCGACAGAAAACCAGUCCGCGUCCUUAUGUACCGACACUGAACUUCGCAGCCCCGCAGUGAGUAAUGCCUACGACAUUAGUCCAUAUUCUGAUAAUAGGCGCAUGGAUGUGUGCGCGAGUCCAGAGUCAAGCACGAGUUCGAGUCACAAACACUCAUCUGGCAGUCCAAAUUCAGACAAAGCGUCAAGUGGCGGAGAUGUGUGUUCAAGUCCGCCAUCACCAACAACAUCUAGAGUUAAAGGCGCCACUCUGAGCCCGCAGUCAGGAGCAGGUUCAAGUUGUGAAAAGAACUUUGUUUGCCCAAAGAUGGAAAACAGCUCAGCAGAAAGCGAGUUUACAGCAUUCAGACCCUGGGCAACAAGAGAGAACAGUUCUCCGCAAAACAAAAAAGCUGGAAGUUACGAAGAGAACGUUGCACAGUACUCAAGCUUAUUCUGUCCCAAUUUUCUUUCACAGCCGCUUCGGCCAGACACUCGCUAUCUACUCAACAAUUUUCUCUUGUCUCAGAGUUACUUUCUAGCUGCCAAUUACCAGUACAGAAACCUCUAUCAGGACUUAAAUGCAUGGAAAACACUAGGCUUGAACAGGGACAAUAGUCCGUACAAAGUACAAGAUGGCGUUCUUGAUCUGUCAAUGGGAAAUUACUCUUGCGCAAACUGUGAUAAAAUGUUUACCACUGCACAUGGUCUUGAAGUUCACGUGCGACGCACACAUACUGGAUCCCGGCCGUUCACUUGCGAUAUUUGCAACAAGACGUUCGGACACGAAGUAAGCCUGGAUCAACACAGGAUCGUACAUACGCAUGAACGUGUGUUUUCGUGCAAACAGUGUGGCAAGACCUUCAAGCGGUCGUCCACACUGGCAACUCAUCUUCUUAUACACAGUGAUACACGACCAUUUCCAUGUAUGUACUGCGGAAAAAGAUUCCACCAAAAGUCAGAUAUGAAGAAACAUACAUAUAUCCAUACAGGUGAGAAGCCCCAUAAAUGCAUGCAGUGUGGGAAAUGUUUCAGCCAGUCGUCAAACCUUAUAACUCACAGCAGAAAACACACUGGAUUUAAACCUUUCCCAUGUGAGAGAUGUGGUCGAGCUUUCCAAAGAAAAGUUGACCUUAGACGCCAUGUAGAAACGCAGCACGUGAUCGUUAUGGACAGUCGAGUGAUUCGCCAGAGUUCAGUAUGAUCGACAUGUAGACUGAUUUAUGUUUUAUAUAUGUACAUAUGUAAAUCAUUAUUUUAGCGGUGAAAUAUAUUAUCAUCUUGGCUCUAUGAAGCAUACGAAGUACAUAAUGAAUGUCAAAUUUGCUAUGAAUCGUCCAUAACCCCCAAACUCAUUCGUCCGCCUCGGAUAAUAACUCCCUGAACACUUGAGAGAAAGGGAGAUGACAAUGUGUAUAUUCUUUUAAAAUAUAUCAGUAUAUACGCAUUAUUUAGAUACUUUAACAUGAUGUAAUUGUACACGUAGUUUAAUAAAUUUCAGUGAGGGCCAAAAAAAGGUCAAGUAAUUAUAAUGAAUUUUACUUCAAAAUAACAGAGUUCUGCAAAAAAAAGUAAUAAAAAUGAAUA